CUCCAAGAGCAGCCUGCAAAGAUCACUUCCUGUAAAGUCAGUACACGAUCAAACCUUAACCGUGAAGGAUCGCUCAGAAUCGGACAAGUUUUAAUCUCAGUAAACGCUAAAGAAUGGAACCGAAACGGCUCGGACUGUCGGAUGAAGAUUUGCAACAAAUCGUUAAUGAUCACUUAUCAGCGCGAGGGAAUAAUGAUCAAUCGUAUCGUGUCGAACGUUGCUUUCUGGAACCGUUUAGCCCAUGUCCGGAAGGAUUUCUCGCCGAUCAUUAUGCGCUGAAAGUUACCGUCGCGAGUAAUGGCCGUAAGGAGGAGAUAGGCUUCUUUGUCAAAUGUCUUCCGACUGACAAUCCGGUGCUGAAGAGCUAUCUCGAAGAGAUCGGAAGCUUCCGUAAGGAGAGCAGUGUGUUGCAGCGUCUCGUAGGAUCGAUCCAGCGUUACUGCCCAUGGCGAACGGUGGCUCCACGUGUGCUUUUUUCCAAGGGUGAAAAAAUACUCAUCAUGAACAAUCUUAAAUCGGUGGGCUAUUCGGUGAUUAAGCGUGAAAGUGGACUACUGGAGGUGACGUUUGUACAGCAAGCGCUGGAAACGUUAGCCUGCCUGCAUGCGGGAUCGAUCGUGCUGGAAGAGAAGCACGGCAAACGACUGCCGGAACUGUUCCCCAACGUUCUGAACGAAAAUGCUUGGGUCCAAACGCCAACCAGCACACGGGUGAAGGAUGUGGCGAAUGUUAUCAAACUGUACACGGAGCUGGUUAAGAUAUGUGAUCACUGGCACGGUGCACGGAAGCAAACCAUUCUUGGUCAGCUAGCGCCACUGAUAAGGAAGAUUUACCCGUUCGUAGAACCAUCGCGUGAAUUCCGCAACUGUCUCAACCAUGGUGACCUGUGGUGUAACAACAUCAUGUUCAAGUGCGACGAACAAGGACAGCCGACCGGUUGUGCGUUGGUUGACUAUCAGCUGUCUCGUUAUGUGCCUCCCGCGUACGAUAUCAACCUGUUGCUGUAUCUAACCACAAGCCGGAAGCUGCGAGAUGAGCACAUGGCCUCACUGUUAGACCAUUACUACAAGUGUUUUUCGGAAACUUUGGAACGCAAUCAGCUUAAAGCGAGUGAUUUUUACACGCGUGAAGCGUUCCUGAGAAGCUGUGAACACUAUCGUUUGGCAGGACUUAUUCACUCUACCAUGAUCAGUGGAGAGGUGACGUUGCCAAGCCGGUUUCUGGAGGAAAUAUUUGGAGAUUUGCAAACGACGGCUAGCUUCAUGCCGGAUAAGAAAGUGUGGGUUUGUGUGAAGGCUUUUCAGGCAGAUGAGUGUUACAGGAAGCAUCUGAUAGAGCUUCUGGACGAACUGUUUGAGUAUAUUUAGGUGGAAGGCUGUGUAUGGUGUGCUCAAGUUAGAAUUUAAGAUUCUUAGAGUAAUUGCCCUUCGCCAUUGAAAUUUUUUACGAAAAAUCAGAGAACAUGUUGGAAUAUUUCAUUUAGGACUUUAACAGUUGAUCACUCGCACUUGAAGGUUACUACCAAGUCCACUUCAUACGAUCAUAUAACAGUUGGAUAUUAACUAGAUAUAAAGUGAUUCCACAGUUGGGCCGGUCCGGUGGCCGAGGCGACAGCGGCGCCGGUCUUCACACGGCAGGGCCGGGGUUCAAAUCCCAUCCAGACCGCCUCCCCGUACGAAAGGCUGACUACUUUUCUACGGGUAAAAUUAAGUCACAGAAAGCCAGAAAUGGCAGGCCGAGACCUCUCGAGGUUGUAGUGCCACAGAAGAAGAAGAAAGUGAUUCCACAUUUAUAAUAAAGAAAAAUAAAUAUAUAAAAACGAUCUCUUAGAGCAGUUUGAGUCAUAGAAUGUGAUUGAUAUCAAUUA